CGUGCUCGCUCAAACACAUUUCUGGAGCUCGCAACCAUGAUAGGCAAUCCACCAGUACAAGAAGGUAAAGUAGGAGAAGGCAAAGGCGAGCAAGGUGACAAUGAUUGCGGUUCCGCGAAUGAUCCGCCCAGCGCCAGAAAGAAUGAAGGCGAACAGCGAGACGAGACUCCCACGGACGCGCAGAGCACACCAUCUCAUGAUCCCACUUACCUCGACGACCUCGGUAGCAAAGACAAUCGAAGCAUCUGGAAAAGGAUGAUGCGUGGCCGUGGAAAAGACCCCUCCGACACCAACAUCGCUCCGGCAACGAAACAUCCCGAAGUCGUUGAGGUAUAUGCUGUGCGCGGGUUCCAGAGAUAUGUCCCAAUGAAGCGGGUACGCAAGACACAGCCAUCGGCGGUGACGGGUAGUAUUCCUCACUUAGGUGCCAGCUCGUCACAGCCGGGAUCAUCUUCGCAAGUAGUUUCUGUACAGGCAGGGCCAUCAUCGCACGCCGUGGUCGGCAAUGAAGCUCAAUCCUCGCAAGCUACAGGAGGUACAUCAUCACACCCAUCCCCAUCGCACGCCGUAGCCGUCAAUGCAGCUCAAUAUUCACAAGCCAUUGGAGGACCAUCAUCGGACGUGUCCCCAUUGCACUUUGUGACCAACCACCACACCAAUCGCGACUCAGAUUCACACACGACCAUUGAAGGUUCCUUCAACAGGUUUCUGGUACGGGUGUGCUAUCCCUGUGGACGCUACAACAAUGAUUAUUAGUGUUGUGCGGGUUUUCUUGCUGUGCGUAGUACUAAGUUGUAUCCUUCCUUCAUUUUGAAAUUUUGUUUUUCGUGUUGGCUAUCAAACUCACUUUACCGCACCAGUGGUCAUAUUAUUUUCUCUCGCAUGUAGGUGAUUUCGUAACCACAUUCUGUCCCAUGGGUAUCGGUUCAGCUAUCCUCGUCAUUACAUGUACACGCGUUCUACUACGGAAACACUCAACGGGCGGUUUUGCUCAAUACAUCAACUUUCAUAAGCACAAAGCGGUUGUUGUUGGAUCUAAAGGAUUUGCCAAACAAAGCCUUCCAUCACAACCGCAGCUGUUUUCGAUAGCACGAUAUCGAUAGGAC